CGUCCCUGUCACUUCCGGGCAGAGAGCGAGGGGAACUCGCGGCGGAACAGUCGGUCGUGCCUGAGGAGCCGGUGUGUUUUAAUACUUUUAAUACGUAUACUAGUUGACUAAUUUCCUAGUAUAUUAAUAGCACUCGCGACCUGAGUUGACCGUUUUGUCCGCGGUCGCGGGUCUUCCGGUCCCCCGUCGCUCUUGGAGGCGGUUAACUCCGUUUAGCACCACCACCAGGAUGCAUCGUCGCCAACGCAACACUGAGUCCCGGCCAGAUUCAGGUUGUCAGCGUGGAGAUGUCCGGAGAGGACCCACGUAAACACGCAGAGACCGUGAAGGAUUCGUGUCAUUUCUGUUGCUCUGAAGGCUUUGUGUCAUUUGCGUGUCUGUGAAGGAUUUGUUUAAUUUCUUGUCGCUCCCGGCACUGACAGAUUGUACAUAAUAUCCUGUUGUUUUUGUGACCGUGGUGGAUUAAUGUUGACUUAUACACCUCUUUGCAUGGGAGAACAGUACAUUUCACUUGGGUAACUGGUGAGGAAUAGUUGUCCCUUAAUGGACAGAGACGAUUAUAGAAUUAAACAGCGGCAUUGUGUUACACUGCACUGUUCCUCACACGCUCAUUAUAAACCUGUAUUUCAUGUUUCUCUGUCUCUGUAUUCGUUUCUGACAGUGGUUUUCGUAGUAUCUGACACAGAUUCUCCUUCCAUACAGCAUCAGAGUUUACGGUGUCAGUUGCUCUCUUGAGGAAGCUGAAGGACAAGUGUGUCGCCCAGAGGGGCUUUUCCUUCAGACUUAAACACGUUUGUGUCUGUCUGCUGGUAUAUCCGCUAUGAUAUGGUUUGCCCAUAACGUUUGGUCUUUUCUCCACUAGAAUGAAGAAACUUUUCCAAGGAAGAACUGUGUUUGUUUCCAUACAAACUCUCACCCACGCACACCUCCGCGUAGUACUGCGGUCAUGUUGAUGGGCUGGAGAGUUGCUGCCAGACCAGAGUUUAACCUUGUGCCUGGUGAUUCUCUACACAACCCUACGCUGCAGAGGAGGAUUGAGGCAAGCGGCAGUCAAGGGCAGUCAGUCGUUUAAACUCUGUAUUUUUUGAGAAAUAAGGGACAGGCACAGUGUGCUGCUAGAGACUGGCAGGAGGCAUCUCCAUCUUACUGACGGUACCCCCUACCCCUUUCCCGGAGGCAACGAUGAAGCUGAAGGAGGACAUGAACCCCCUGUUGCUGCAGGUGGUGCGUUCUGUGGUUUGGGUGUACUCUAUCAUUACCUUUCUGCCCUGGUACCUGCUGUCAGGUGCCAGCACCAAGCAGGAGCGGGCCAAGCGUGUGCGCGCGCGUUCGGCCAACGGACACCCCGGAGGUCCAUACCGUUCGGUGGCGAGCUUGAAGGCUCUCACCACAGGGCUGCACCCGGGCAGGGACACGCUGGAUGGGGUCUUCGAACAUGCAGCCCAGCACUUUCCGAACAGAGACUGCCUGGGGACUCGGCAGCUUCUCAGUGAAGAAGAUGAGGUCCAACCCAAUGGGAAGGUCUUCAAAAAGGUGAUCCUGGGUGACUACAUCUGGCUGUCGUACAGGGAGGCCUACCAGGCGGCAGCCCACUUCGGCAGCGGCCUGGCGGCACUCGGCCAGAGGCCCCAGUACAAUAUUGCCAUUUUCUGCGAGACUCGGGCUGAGUGGAUCAUCACCGCACAGGCCUGCUUCAUGUACAACUUCCCUCUGGUCACCUUGUACUCCACCCUGGGAGGUCCAGCGAUCGCUCAUGGUCUCAAUGAAACGGAGGUCACUCAUAUCAUCACCAGCAAGGACCUGUUUCAGUCUCGGCUGAAGGCCAUCCUGCCAGAGGUGCCCAAGCUGGAGCAGAUCAUUGUUGUGGACAACAAGCCUGGCACUUGGACAGACUUCCCCAAGGGCAUCCGUGUGCAAAGCAUGGCCACCGUGCAGGAGCUGGGAGCCAAGCCUGAGAACUUGUCCAAGCCACGCAGCAGGCCGAAGCCCACGGACAUCGCGGUCAUCAUGUACACCAGUGGCUCCACAGGCAUCCCCAAGGGCGUGAUGAUCUCCCACAGCAACCUCAUCGCUGGCAUCACGGGCAUGGCUGAGAGGAUCCCCGGCCUCUGUGAGGACGACACCUAUAUUGGAUACCUUCCACUGGCCCACGUGCUGGAACUGAGUGCCGAGUUGGUCUGCGUGUCUCAUGGCUGCCGCAUCGGAUACUCCUCCCCGCAGACGCUCGCUGACCAGUCUACAAAAAUCAAGAAGGGCAGCAAGGGUGAUACCAGCGUGUUGCAGCCCACACUCAUGGCAGCCGUCCCGGAAAUCAUGGAUCGCAUCUACAAGAACGUGAUGACCAAGGUGCAGGAAAUGACCAGCGUGCAGCGGACACUCUUUGUGUUGGCCUACAACUAUAAGAUGGAGCAGAUCUCCAAGGGCUACAGCACCCCGCUGUGUGACAGGUUGGUGUUCCGGAAAGUGCGCUCUCUGCUUGGGGGGAAGACGCGGGUGCUGCUUUCUGGCGGGGCUCCCCUGUCUGCCGCCACCCAGCGUUUCAUGAACAUCUGCUUCUGUUGCCCAGUGGGCCAGGGCUAUGGGCUGACGGAGACCUGCGGAGCAGGCACCAUCAGUGACAUGUGGGACUACAGUACGGGACGUGUUGGAGCGCCUCUGGUUUGUUCCGAAAUCAUGCUGAAGGACUGGGAAGAGGGUGGCUAUCACAGCACAGACAAGCCCAAUCCCCGGGGUGAGAUCCUCAUCGGAGGUCCAAAUGUGACAAUGGGCUACUACAAGAACGAGGCCAAGAACCGAGAGGACUUCUUUGUGGACAAGAACAGCCAGAGGUGGUUCUGCACAGGAGACAUCGGGGAGUUUGACCCAGACGGUUGUCUAAAGAUCAUCGACCGUAAGAAGGACCUGGUGAAGCUGCAGGCAGGAGAGUACGUGUCCCUGGGAAAGGUUGAGGCCGUGCUCAAGAACUGCUCCCUGAUUGACAAUAUCUGCGCCUAUGCCAACAGUGAUGAGUCUUAUGUGAUUGGCUUCGUGGUGCCCAAUCAGAAGCAGCUGAUGACCUUGGCAAAAGAGAAAAGGAUUGUGGGAUCUUGGGAGGAAAUCUGCAACAACCCUGAGAUGGAGAAGGAAGUGCUGCGCAUCAUUACAGAUGCUGCGGUUGCAGGCAAGCUGGAGCGGUUUGAGAUCCCCAAGAAGAUUCGCCUGAGCGCUGAGCCCUGGACCCCCGAGACAGGCCUGGUCACAGAUGCCUUCAAGCUGAAGCGCAAGGAGCUCAAAACUCACUACCAAGAUGACAUUGAGCGAAUGUACGGCGGAAAGUAGAACCGCAGUGUCCAACAGCAGCAGACGAACCAGCGGCUUCCUCAACCCACCCUGCUACAAUGAAAAAAACGAACAAAUGGCACGAUACUUGAAUCUACUGCGUUCACACGAAACCAAAACAGAGAAGUCGAGUAUUGCAAUGUUCCCACGUCUGACCAAUUUCUGUAGGCACACAUAGAGUACAACAAAAAUCACAACGAAACUGCAGAUAGGAAAGGACCGCAAAGCAGGGGCCUCGGUGACAUUCUUCGAGACGGAGCAGAAUCGAAGCAGAGGCGUUGGGGACAAGUGUGUGUAAAGAGGCGUUUCAGACAAACUUUUUCUCCAUGCCUUCCAUCCCCAUCGUGCACCACCCCACCUCCAUUUCCCAGAAUCUUCUGCAGCUGUUAUUUACAUGAUAGGACAUAGGACAUGGCGUAACUGUGGCAACAGUGCAAUCUGUCAGUCCUGUGUCUACACGACCUUCCCCAGGGCUGUGCUGUAAACUUUCAUAGUUUUGGUCUAUAAAUUUGUUGUUCUUGUAUCAUUCAACAAGUUUCUGAUGUCUGAAGAUUAGUAUUUCAAGCCAUGAAUGAUUGAUUAAUGUUUUCUCUUUUUUUCUUAGUACCCUUUCAUGUCAUUGUUUUGAAGGUUUGUUUCCCUCCUUUAAAAUGUGGUGUUUCAUUUGAGUUUUGAGUUAUUGCUGUUAUGUUGUUUCUUUCCUGGAGUAAAUUGUUUACAGGUUGCAAAGACAACAUAAUUUGGUAUUUAUCUCACAGAUUGUUACUUGGAAUGCUUAAUGUGCCUGCAGCAGGAGUGUCCUGUAGUUUCAUUGCAACUGAGGAAAAGGUGGAUUUUGCUUGUUUCUUUUCCUGAUUCACUGGUGGGGAGAACUUUUGGUAAAAGCAGUAGCAGUGGGUAUGUAAACAGGGGAAAUCAGGCUGGUCUGAAUUACUUAGAAAAAGAUGUUAUGGUCAGUGAAGUGCAGUGAAGCUCGCAAAGAAUUUCCAGUAGCGUGUACCUUGCGUGUUGACCCUUUUUAGGGGUUCUGUAGCAGAUACCAGGUUUCUGAUCGCGUCCUCAUUUCCUUACAAGCUGGCCUUGUUGUCACGGACCUUCGGCACCUGCAAGACAGGAAUGGGUACAAAAACUCGAAAGCUGUCUUUCAAAACCCAACAUCCACCCUGUCCAGAGGUGUCCAAACAGGACUGCUUCUAGAAAUAAUGCAAGGAAACUUUUUUUUUUUUUUUUUUUAAAUCUACUGUGUUGAGCCAGAUGUGUAUUAAAACCUAGUCCACCUACACACACACACACACACACACAUACACACACACACUGUCUGUAACUGCUUGUCCCAAGCGGG